AUGUAUGACCUGGAAAGGAGCGCCGACAUCCAGAGGCCGUGGUGGAUGGUGCUUGAGCACUUUGAGCAACCGUCUGUGCUUUACAUCAAAGAGGAGCACGAGGAGCAAAUAUUUGGUCCCGGAGAUGCCUCCCUUCACCACAUUGAAGUCAACAGCCACACCCUCAUCCAGCUGGAGAGGUGGUUCACAGCCCACGGACGGACACGGGUCAGUGUCGUUGGACCACUUCGUGCACGCCAGUGGGUGAUGGACAUGAUCUGCAGAGUGGGCAGCCCCGACUCAUCGGUUCGGGCCCAAGGCCUCGAGAUGCUGCGGUGUGUCCAGAGCCGGCCCCUGACUGAGGACGACCUUGUCACCUCUUUGAGCCUGCUACUGAACAAAGAGCAUUGA